AUGGUAGCUAUUCGUUUGGGGAAGGAUGGCCCAAGUGGGCAGGAUUGCAGGUGGAUGCAGAGAUUGCAGAUUUGUAAUCGGGAAGGAGAGCUCCUCCUGGUUUGCAAAUUGGCGUCGCUGCAGCGUUUUUUCUCUGCGCGAUGGUGUCAUUUUGCGCUCGAGGUGGGGGAGGCCGAAGGAGACGCUUUUUUAAAAUUAAAAAACAAAAGCCGGAGCCCGAUCUUGUGCGUGCCUGUUCGGAAGUCAGUCCAGCCAAGUUCAUUGGAGAGCUGCUUCCGAGCAGAUGAGAGCAUAAGGGUUGCAGCCUCGAGCGGGAUGCCCAGCGAGCGGGCCAGGCAGAAUAGAAAGGCGAGCGGGUGCAUUUAAACGUGGAAAGCCGCCGUGCUCAAUGCGCAGAGCGAGCGAUCGCAUAUAUGCAGGGUAGAUCCAUAUAAUAUAUAUUAAUUACGCCCUGCGAAGGCUGCAGUGCAGACGUGGCGCUCGAGUUUUCGGACCGGCGGUGGAGGCAAGCAGCCCAAAUGCGUGUGCGCGUAGCUUGCUUUUUUUGUUUUUGUUUCAUCCACCAGCCCCUUUCAUCCAGGAAGUAAAUGAGACGUCGGGGUCAAUGGCACCAAGCGCAAAGGCCCGAGAAAGGUGGGGGGAGGGGAAAAAGGGGAAGGAGAAAAAGAAAGAAAGAGGCCGGCGAGGAGAAGAGGGAGGCAGCCGCAGCCUGUGCGAGAGGGUUUGGUAACCGCUUUGUUUCCCCAGUGGCUGCGAUGUGCAUAGGCAAUGCAUGACUCCGCCGCUCCUCUUCCUGCCGCACGUGUCCGUACAACCCAGUCCGCGCAGCACCCCCAAAGCCAGCCGGACCCGAAGGCGGCUGCCGCUGCCGCUGCUUCCCCGCUAA